AUGCCCGCAAGGAGAGGGAGAAAGAGAUCUGGAAGAAAAUAUGGAAGUCGUAACAAGAACUCUAUUCGUAUUCGUACUGGACGUAAUGCCAAGGAUAGUCUUGAAAAAGCCAAGGCUGUUGUUGCUCGUGAAAAAGUUCUUCCUGAACUUGAACCGAACUGUAUUUUCUCGUUUUUGAGGCUGCCAGCAGAAUUGAAGUGGCUCAUCUUUAACAACUUGAAAAAUUCGGAUGUGAUCAAACUUCGUCUAUUAUGCCGUCAAGUGAACGAAACGAUCAUCAAGUACUGGCAGUAUAAUCUCCGUAUUCUCAGGACAACGAUGGUUGAUUACACGGUGAGUACUCGCCGACCACCCUGGAGAUCAUGGUAUCCGGUCCGUGAAAUGAAUCAAUUGUCGUAUAGACUGCGUGGCGCGUAUUGGGCUACGAUUCCAUGCUUGUCGUUUCAUCGUAAAGUGAUCACAGAUAACCAUCUGGCGCUGCUAACCGAUGCUGUUCGCCAUUCCCAUGUGGCUAUCGCGAAACUCGAGUUCGGAGUGUGUGAGUUCAAGUGCAACGUGGAUCUGCUCACAGCAUUUUUCAAAGAGUGCAGAACCGAGAAAGUACUGUUCGUUGUGAAGCCGCACAUAAUGAAAUUUGUCGAUAAUCUAAGGAAAAUCGGAUAUUUUGGGCGUCAUUGUACGACGAUGGUGAUCAGGGACGACAUGUACCCGAUCAGCGCUUAUGGAGAAUUUUUCCCGAAUAAACUCAAAUUCUGA